AUGUCAUCCUCUGCUCUCCCUCCUAUCCUUCCUCUACCACUCUCAAGUUCAACUACCUCUCUUCCCACUCAGAGUCGCACUCACCAACACAGCCAACUUCUAUCAAUACCAAAUUCACCUUCCCAAACUCAACAAUGGGGCUAUGAAGAUUCCAAUCACCAUACCUCUUCCAAUUCACCCCCUAAAGUCCGAACAAUUCGAUACCGUCUCAGCCAGUUGUGCCAACAAGGCCAGCCCCAUCUUGCCCGGCAACUGUUCGAUACAAUUCCGCGCCCAACUACAGUUCUUUGGAACACUAUCAUCAUUGGGUUUGUCUGUAACAGCAUGCCCGGGGAAGCCAUUUCUGUUUACGCCCGUAUGAAAUCGUCCUCUCCUGAUACCAAAUGUGAUUACUAUACUUACUCUGCUGCUCUCAAAGCUUGUGCUGAAACGAAGCAGCUUAAAAUUGGUAAAGCUGUCCAUUGCCACAUUCUACGCUCCCAUUUGUAUCCCAGUAGAAUUGUUUGCAAUUCUCUCCUGAACAUGUACACUACUUGUCUGAGCUCGGUAGACAGUGAAUUGGAUAUUACUAGACAUGAUUUAGUGCAGAAAAUAUUUCAUACAAUGCAUAGACGAAAUGUGGUUGCUUGGAAUACUAUGAUUUCGUGGUACACCAAAACUCAUAGAUUUGUUGAAGCAAUUAGGCAUUUUAUGAUGAUGGUUAAGUUGGGUAUAAAACCGACUGUUAUUAGUUUUGUCAAUGUUUUCCCGGGUGCUUCGGGGUCAGGGGAUAUAGAUAUUGCCAAUAUACUGUAUGGGUUGCUUAUCAAAAUGGGCAGUGAUUAUGUUGAUGAUUUGUUUGCAGUGAGUUCUUCUAUUUUCAUGUAUGCCGAGCUUGCUUGUCUUGAUCUUGCCAGGAAGGUUUUUGACCACAGUUUGGAGAGAAAUACAGAGGUUUGGAAUACUAUGAUUGGCGCAUAUGUUCAGAACAAUCGUCCAAUUGAAGCACUUGAUCUUUUCCUUGAAGCUCUGGAAUCCCAAGAUGAUGUACUUCUUGAUGAUGUGACUUAUCUUUCAGUUCUAACUGCAGCCUCACAGCUGCAGCAGCUAGACUUUGCUCAAGUGCUACAUGCUUAUAUAAUUAAGGGUUCGUUUGUGUUAAACAUCAUUGUGGUAAAUGCGAUCAUUGCCAUGUAUUCGAGGUGUAAUUGUAUAGACAAAUCAUUCAAAGUUUUCAGUGGAAUGCAGGAAAGGGAUGUUGUUUCUUGGAACACUAUGGUAUCGGCUUUAGUGCAGAAUGGGUUUGAUGACGAAGGGUUGAUGCUAGUGUACGAGAUGCAGAAGCAAGGGUUCGCGAUUGAUUCUGUAUCUUUGACUUCUUUACUUUCGGCAGCAUCAAACCUCAGAAACAAGGAUAUUGGAAAACAGGCCCAUGCUUAUCUUCUUAGGAAUAGUAUCCAAUUAGAGGGGAUGGAAUGUUAUCUCAUAGACAUGUACGCUAAAUGUGGACUGAUUAAAGCUGCACAAACACUGUUUGAAAUAAACUGCACAAAUAACAGAGAUCAAGCAACAUGGAAUGCUAUGAUAGCUGGGAACACACAAAAUGGGCUGAUUGAGCAGGCUUUCAUCAUCUUCAGGCAGAUGAUUGAGGAAAAUAUGACACCCAAUGCCGUGACCUUAGCAUCUAUAUUACCUGCUUGCAAUCAGAUGGGAUGUAUGGCUCUUGGUAAGCAACUUCAUGGUUUUGCCAUUCGGAAUAAUUUGGACCAAAAUGUCUUUGUGGGCUCUGCUCUAGUGGACAUGAUAUGGUCAACAUGGGAUGGGGAGAAAGCUCUUAUGCUCUUUUACUCAAUGGGGGAAUUUGGCAUUAAACCUGACGCCAUUACCUUUGUAGCAGUCUUGGCAGCAUGCAGUUGCACUGGGUUGGUUGACGAAGGCCUUCAAGUAUAUGAGUCAAUGGAGGAAAAAUAUGGUAUUCGCCUCUUAUCUGAGCACUACUGUUGUGUUGUGGACAUGCUAGGGAGAGCUGGGAGGUUGGUUGAAGCUUAUGAGUUUGUUAGAGACUUGGGUCACCGGGGUAAUGUGUUGGGAAUUUGGGGAUCACUUCUUGCAGCUUGCAGAAUUCAUGGAGAGUUUGAAUUGGGAAAAAUUGUUGCGGACAAGAUGCUGGAAAUGGAUUGGGGAGAUAGCAUGGCAGGUUAUCAUGUAUUGCUGUCAAAUAUAUAUGCAGAGGAAGGAAACUGGGAUAAUGUUAACAGAGUGAGAAAAGAGAUGCGGGAAAAGGGUUUGGCAAAGGAGGUUGGCUGCAGUUGGAUUGAUAUAGCUGGCCACAUGAACUGCUUUGUUUCCAAAGAUAGAAAGCACCCUAAGUAUGAUGAGUUAUGUGAAAUGUUGAAGGAAUUGGAUAUAAAUAUGAAGGAAGCUGGUUAUCGGCCUUGUUUUGGAUCGCAGGUAGGCCUGAUUUCUGAAUCUGAUGAAUGGUCAUAA